AAAUUUAAAAGUGGCUAAACCAAUGCGCAAGAAAAUCAAAGGAUAAAAGUACAUCAAUACGACUCUUUUGUGGAUUAUGUUUGGGCGGUUUACAAAACAGUUGAGCAAAUCGCUAUUCCUUCUGCAAAUCCAUCUCUCAUGGUGGCUUCUUCCUUUCCUAUGCCACUUCUGUCGUCUCGUCCUCAAAAUCCAAGCACGAAUGUUUCUGCAAAUCCUAGCCUUACUCACAUUCUUAGGGGAAGAGAAAGGGGAUGGAUAAAUCGACGAAUCGGUCUCAUUCGAACACCUCCCACCUCCGCUAUUGAUGGAGGCACUGCUUCGAACCAUGCUACCGUGGAGAUUAGCUGGCAAAUCGCAGUUGGUGCUUUAGCCGGAGCCAUGCCCUUUGUCGUUGCUGAGAUUGCAUUUGGCAAGAGAAUUGUGGCGCAGAGAAGAUGUGGAACUUGUGGAGGAUCGGGACUUGUUCAAAGGGAUGAAUACUACUUCCGCUGUCCAACAUGUGGUGGCUUCCUGCCAUGGCUUUCAUGGAAAAGAUUCUUGACUGGCUAAGCUCAAGUUACCAGAAUAUCUAUUUCUACCAAAUUGUAACCUAUUAUUGCCAAUUUUCCACUUUUCUCUAUAUAUGUGAUGGCUUUUUAAUAUUUAAAUGAGUGCUUUCGUUGUCAAAGGUCAAUGAGUUCACCUUGAUACAGAUGUAUUUUGAUAAUUUAUUUAUUUUUACCACAAAUCAGAGUUGUAACAGUGCCUGGCCACAUUGUAGAUUGACUUAGAGAGGUCAGUUUAAUAGACGAUUGACCUUGGAUACAUCACAAUAAUUUACACAUCAAUCCAAACUAUUUCAU